AUGCUAAUGCUAACGGAUGACCACACUCCUAAAGUUGGAGCUAGCUUGAGCCAAUCUAAACGAAGGAAGAUUUCAAUUGUUGGCAUUAAACCCAGCAUAACUGACCUGAAUGCGAAACUUUGCUAUGAUUCCGAUAAGGAAGAAAAAGGAGAAGUUACAAAUAUAUUUCAGAAUCUUGCAGGUUUAAAAUCUCAUGAUGGAUGCUAUGUUCAUCAUAAGCUUUUUUACGAGCUUGAGGUCGAGAUCUUUGCUCGUCUUCCAUGCUUCGAAUACUGGAAACUGCAGUUUCUUAACAAAUUUUUUUUGCAGUUGUUAAAAAGUGGUGAAAUUUUCAGGGUGAGACAAGAAAAGGGACUUGUGAAACCCUACGAGAUUUUGCAUUCAGGGGCUGGAUCAAAUUGGGAAAUGUUUGAUAAGGAUUUUAAAACCUUUCAGAGACUUCCUAAAGUUCCUUCUUCCGACUAUUGCUUUUUCCACAGCGAUAAGGAAACAAUAUGUGUGGGUACUCAACUAAUUGUCAUUGGAAGAGAAAUAGAGGGAAUUGUGGUGUUUCGCUACGAGCUAGAGAAUCAUAAGUGGUUCAAAGGUCCUUCAAUGAUCACACCGAGGGUCAUGUACGGUUCUGCUAGCCAUAGAAAAACCGCAUUCUUUGCAGGAGGCAUUCAAAUGGAUGACAAUGGAAACCCUAUUGUUGUGCGAACUGUAGAAAAGUAUAAUGCUGAUGCAAAAAGUUGGACUAUGAUUAAUGGAAUGCAUAAAGCAAGGAAGUUCAGCUCAGGAUGUUUCUUGCGUGGAAAAUUUUAUGUCCUCGGUGGCCGAGAUGAGAAUGAUAAACACCUCACUUGUGGAGAAAGUUAUAAUGAGACCACAAAUUCUUGGGAGUUGAUACCUGACAUGUUAAAAGACAUGACAUUCAUUACGCUUUCCCAAUCUCCGCCUCUUAUAGCUGUGGUUGAUGACAAUCUAUACAUGUUGGAGAUAUCUUUGAACGAGCUUCGCGUAUAUGAUAUAAACACAAAUAUUUGGAAGAAACUUGGUGUUUUCCCUGUGAGAGCAAACACUACCUUUGGUUGGGGGACUUCGUUUAAAUCGAUGGGAGAUAGACUUCUGGUUGUUGGCUCUUCUCACUCUUGGCAUAGAAAAGGAAUAGUCUACUCAUGCCGUCCUUCUCUAGACGUGGAAGAACAGCACUAG